AUGUCCUAUCCGCCAGAAAGGCACCACACAGACGUACCGCCGUCGUACCACGACCACCCAUCCGCAUCGACCCUACACGACCAUCAGACUGGCUCUGCUCGCGAUAUGCGCGAGCGCUCACCUACACUUGAGCCCUGGCUUGGGCUGCGUGCGCGCCUCAUCCUAUCUCCCAUAUCGGUGGCAAUGAUUGCUGUGCUCUUUGUGGGAGCACGCGUGCUCAUGUCCGCCUCGGACGUGACCAACUCGGUGGCGUCUACCAAGACCAAGCUGCUCGCAGCGUGCGAUGCAGUCGAAGACCGCGCCUCUCUCGCCGCCUCGCUCCCUUCCCUCACUGCCGCAACCGUCAACGCCCAAAUCGCACAGUCGAUCGAAGCUACGGUGCACGGCGCCGCGCGCGUGUUCGAUCUAUCGCUCACCGCAAUCGAAAAGACGCUGGCGUACAUGGUCAACUCGUACCGCUCCUUGCUGCUGUGCUUCAUGGAGCUUCUUGUGCGCGGGGCUCUUGCGGUGCUCAUCAGCGCUGUCCAGCUCAUCUCGCAAGCCGUCAAUGCCGCAGCUCAGGGCAUACGCGCAGCCAUCCAGGAGUCGGUACAAGGCGUCAACGCGGUGCUCGCCACAGCGGUGCAGGGGAUCAACGAUGUUGUCGGCGUGUUUGGCCAGCACCUCAACGCCCCCUCCAUCGCUGUGCCCAGUCUGGCAGCACUGCAGAACGUAGAGCUCCCACACGAGAUCCAGGACGGACUGGCGAAGCUCAACGAGACGCUGCCGACGCUGCAGCAGCUGAGGCAGACGAUGAACCAGCUCAUCCAGACGCCGUUUGAGCAGAUGCGCAAGGACGUCAAUGCCACCAUUGCUGGGUUUAGCUUCAAUCACACGAUGCUGCCCGUGCCGCAGAUGCAGAACCUGUCGUUCUGUCAGAAGAUCGACACUUCGCCGAUCGAUAGGUUAGGACACGAGCUGGCGGUGGCAGCAAGGUGGGCCAUGGCGAUGCUGGCGGUCGUGGCGCUGGCGGUGGUGCUCGUGUCGGCGGCGCGCGAGUGGUGUGCGUGGCACAAGGAGCAGCAGGGAAUCAAGAGGACCACCGCACUGUGGCACACGCAGCAGCAGCACUCUUACACCGAGAAGGACGACCGCCAAUCGAGCGGGAAAGAGUUGGGAGAGGACGACGUCAGAAGGCUAGUCUCGAUCUCGCGCAGUCCACUGGCGCACUCUCUCAUCUCGGGCGCAAGUCGACGUCUCGGUGUGCGUUCUCGCUGGGCGCAAGACCGACUGUUGUGGCUCGGUGCGCUGCUCUCGCACCCAGCAGCGCUCGCCUGUCUCUUCACGGGCCUGCUCGGUCUACUCUGCGUGUGGGUGCAAACACUGCUCAUCCGUCGCAUCACGCACCGCUACACCUCCGAGCUCGACGACACGCUCACGCACCUCUCGUCCCAAGUGCUCGGUCUCGUCGAGUCAUCCGCGCGCAACGCCUCGGUCGCCUUUGCCACCACCGCCAACGCGCUCAUCACCGAGGUGUCGGACGAGCUCAACACGCACGUCUUCCGCUGGGUCGACACCACCACGCUCACCAUGAACGCCACGCUCAACCAGUUCGUCGACGGCAUCACCGACACGCUCACCACCACGUUCGGAGGCACGCCGUUCAACGCACCCCUCCAGACGUUCGUCCAGUGCAUUCUGGGACAAAAGGUGGCUGGGAUCGAAAAGGCGCUCACGUGGAUCCACAACAAUGCACACGUCGAGUUCAGCCUUGUGCCGGACGAUGUGUUUGUGCCGUCGGCGCUGCAGAAGGAUGUAGUGCUGCAUCCGAUCAGGUCGGCGUUGGUGGGGGAUGGUACGGACGGCAGUGGGUUGGCAGGUCAGGUGGUCGGCAAGUAUCUGCACCAUCUCGAGCAGGAAAAGGUGCUCUUUGCGGUGCUUACUGCCGUGUGGGUGGUCGUGGCUGUGGGUGGGAUUCUGGUGGUUGUGUAUGCGACGAUUGCAGAUGGCUGGCAUGUCCAGAAAGGAGAGGGCGAUGCGGCGGGCGGAGAUGCAGAAAAGCCUCGCGGCCCCACAUCUACGGGGCCAGGAUGGUUGCGCUUCCCCACGAGAUCGCAGCGCUCCAAUCGUACGGCCUCGGAUGAAGGCCAGCAGAUGCAAGUUGCCGUCGUUGCUGACGCCGGCAGAAGUGUGCGUGGCGGCUCGAUCGUCGACUCUGCCCGCAUGGCUGGACGCGGCCACAUCGCCAAGGACAGCAUCUCGUAUCCGUUCCAGAUCCACCACUCGCUCAGCACGGCUGUGCAGUCCUCCUCUCCGCGCUUCGCCAACAGCCCGAUUUCGGCACAAGACGCUGCUUCGCCUCCCUACCACCGGGAUGCGAUUGACACGCCGACGCCGAGGGAGCGCAGUUCGUGGCUCUCGUUCCUCAUCGCCCGGUCCACAGCCGAGUCCUCGCAGCCCUGCCGUGCCGAUCCGGUCGCCGAAACAGCACAGGACCGCUUCGAGCGGCUCUUUGGCUGCUCGCCUGCAUCGUCGCCUACCUCACCAGGAUUCCAGGAGCUGAGAGAUGCCCCGCCAGUGGAGGGGCCGAGGCAUAGGCAGACGCUCGAUCUGUUGCCGGCGCAGGGCUGGAUCGGGUCCAAAUCGCCAGUACCCCAGCCGGGAAACAGAGGCGCAGAGGAGCAAGGUUUUGGAUCGAGGGAUGAGACGGUGGAGCUGGUGCGUGCAAGUAGGGGUGUCGAGGUCGAGGUGGCGGAGGCCGACAGCUAUCCACACGAGGCUAGGCGCGCCGAGCUCGUGAGGCAGCAGCGACAGCCGUCGGCACAGUCGAUGUCGUUCUACGCGUGGUAG